AAAAUCAAUAAAAUAAAAUGGCAUAUACGAAGUACAUCUUCUCGAUUCCCGAUUCGUACAACCCGAUCAUCACAUGAAUGUGUAUCACAUCUCUCCAAACCCACGUUUAAUCCUUCUCUCUAUAAUCUGUAUCAUAUCUGUAUCUAUUUUCUUCAUUUCAAAAUCCUCCUUCUCAAUGGAAGAUAUACAUAAAGAACCCAAGAAAGACGUUUAUUCCGUGUGGGCACUUCCAUCGGAAGACGUAUCAGACCGGGUCAAGAAACUCAUGGUGGGUCUCCGAUCAGAGUUUGGUGGACCCCAGUUUGAGCCUCACGUGACUGUUGUUGGGGCUAUCAGCUUGACUGAAGAUGAGGCACGUGACAAGUUCAAGAAAGCUUGUCAAGGUUUGAAAGCUUAUAAUGCAAGUGUUGACAAAGUCGAUACUGGUACCUUUUUUUAUCAGUGUGUUUUUUUGCUGCUAAAUCCCACUACCGAGGUCAUGGAAACUGGGGCACACUGCUGGUCUCAUUUUGGGUUCAAGAGUUCAACUCCUUAUAUGCCACACUUGAGCAUUCUGUAUGCAGAUUUAACUGAUGAAGAAAAGAAGAGAGCUCAAGAAAAAGCUAAUGCUCUUGAUGAAAGUAUUAAAAGCUUGAACUUUCCAAUAACCCGUCUUGCUUUGUACAAAACUGACACGGAAGACAUAACCCUCAAGUCUUGGGAGAAGGUGGCUGACAUCACUCUACAGCAGAACUAGUUCUGUCUGUGUUGUAUUCCCUAGUGAACCUUGUAAGUACUUUUCUCAACUAUUUGCUCCAAAUAAAUGUGAAUUUCACAUAUUAGCUUCCACAGCGUUUAUAAACUGUACACUUUCAAUCAUCA